CAUUACCUAAUAACUCUUCACACAGGAAACUAGCAAUGGCUCACAUUGUUCUGAUACUUAUUCUCCUAGUUUCAGGGUUGAGGAGCAUGGUUCAGCCUGUCACGCUUGAAAAUGAGAGCCCCCAGAGGCAACAUCUGGAAAGGGAAUCUUUGUGUGAGCCAGUGUUCGAGUACUUCCCCGCUUGCAUAGAUUUUCUCACAAGCACUAAAUGUGAAAAACCAUCUUUCCAAUGUUGUGUCAAUGUUGCUGAACUAAAUUUAUUAGCUAAGGAAGGAAUUGGACCACGGUGGAUUUGCUGGUGCAUUGAAUACAUGGUGGAAGGUCUGAAGCCUCCGUUAAAUGCCACCCGUAUCAGUGAACUUCCAAUUAAGUGUCACACACAUCUUAGUUUCCCCAUUUCUGAGGGCAUGGACUGUGACAAGGUUUAAAAGACAAUAAUGGGUUUGUAAGCACCAGCUGGCCAGAGCAGCCUUAGAUGCUAGUACAAAGUUAUGUUCAGCUAUGAAACUGAGAAAAUAAUUAGUUAUGUAUCCGCAAAUUCACGCAUCAGCACAAGAAAUUUCUAAGUGUUAUAAUGUAUCAUUUUCCUUGUGAAGGUGAAUACAUGCUUGAAGUUAUUGUUGGACCCCUUCUUGACCAAAUUCAGUAACAAAAUUUAAGCAUGAACACAAGCUAUAAUGAUUCUUAUCACAUGGUGGCCAUUUGUACCCAUACCAAUGUGAGAUUGUGUAUGUUAUCACAAUCCUUCAACAAAAUGUAGCAAACCUCAUUAACCAAAGCAUGCAAUGCCAUACCUAAACUCAUGGACUGUGACCCACAGCCAUGGAUUUGCCUGUGCAUUGAACUCAUGGUGAGGCUAUCCGUUGAGUGCUUCCCCAGUCAAUGAACACCCUCAAGUGCCAUACUCAUCUCCAUUUCCCAUUCCCAAGUCCACAUGAAUAUGUCAUGGCUAAUUA